AUGCAACGGUUGCCUAUCGAGAUAAUGUCAUACAUUGCCAAUUCUCUGGACUUACAUGACAUAUUCAACCUCAGCUUGACCUGUUCCCAAUUCAGAUACAUUGCGGACAAUGAUGAUAUUUGCCGGGCCGCACUCCAGAACAAUGCCUCCUACUCAGCCGAGGUUCAAAAUGCCCGCUCCUCCAGGCAAUAUGCUCGUUCCUUGCGGCGAUUGGUCAAGACUCAAAGUGCAAUCGCCGCAGCCAUGCCAUACUCCGUUGCACUUGUUGCCCAAGCAGACGAGUAUGUGUACUGUGAUGGCAUGCUUUGCUAUACACAUGGCCACGAGUCGCUCCGUCUGCUCCAUUUACAUGAGUCUGCUGGCUCCGAGAUUGUCAUCGAUAUCUGCACGCUACUGCACUCCGCCUUGGGAUCGAAUAUCAGAGAUAGCAAAUGCAGAUUUCGCCCAAUUCACUUCGCCUGUGGGAUUGUAACCUGCCUCUACAGUCCGCCAAAAUCCGAAGGCCGAAAUCGCCUCAUUAUUCUUGAUAUACUGCAAAAGAGGCUUCUGGCAGCUCAUCGUCUCGGAUCUACAUGCAAGUUGUUUGUGCGCAAUAACAGAGAACAUCUUUAUUAUGGCACUCACUCUCUGACCGGAGAUGACGGCUUCAAAAGAUGGGCUCUCAAGCGAUUCGACAUCUGCAAGGAGCAGUGGGCCCCGGGCCAUCUGGAGCUUGAAGACUUGGUCGGAUCAGACAUAGGCGCCACUGUCUGUUUUGAGUUACUUGGCAAUCACUUCUAUGGAAUUUCAAGCCUGAACAGUUUCGAGGUCUAUGAGAACGACUGGACUUCGUAUUACUACGGAUUUCGUCUGCCGGUAGGAAGCUCACGGGCCGAGGAUAUGCAACUGACAUCGAAAAAUGCCAUGUGGCGGCGGCAACAUGACGAGGGGCCAAUCGAUGAUAGGUGGAGUACCCUGCGACUCGAAAAGGACCCAGUCACUGGAGUUAUCAUGGUCUUAGAGUGCCGAAGAGAGUGGCUUGUCGACGAGUGUUCAAGCACAAGGACAUCAUAUCGAACAGCACUCGGGUUUUCUGAUCGUCACCACAAUUCGGGCGAAGACUCCGAUUCAGACUCCGGCUCUGAAAGCGAUAUUGGAACCAGCGAGAUGUUAUCUGUUCAUACGUGCUCGACUAGCACAAUGGCGCAUGCUAAAAAACAACGCAAGGAAUCGUAUUUUCACAGAGGUGAUGACGGCUUUACAAUCCCCGCAAUCACUCUCAGUCAAUGCUUUAUGCGCCGUUACAACUAUUCCUGCGAAACUUUUAUCGAUCUAGUUAACGACCCUGAAGCUGCCGGUUUGAUGGAGCGGAGACUACAGUUACGUUGUAUUUCCCGCUCUAGUUUUGCUGGGAACAAACAAUGUCUACAAGAAACCGUUGCUGACGGCUCUACACAAGCCGAUCUCCAGCUCUCCACGUUGAAUGAGAUAUCAUGGUGGCCGCCAAAAGUUGACGUAAACCAGAAUGACGUACGUUUAGCAGAGUUGGACAGCUUGCUUAAUCCAAAGGGCCAUAACACUCAAAGCCCUAUCUCGGGCGUCAUGGACGACCGCUCUAUGGUUUACGCUGUCGGUCCGCGUGAGCCACAGAGUAAACGACCUCUAGUAUUCAUCUCAUUCGACCCUGCUGUCAGACUUCCAAAUACCAACCACUGGCCUGGUGGCCCAAUGGUGCCAGCACGAACUCGACCGAAGACGCAGGGGGAUAAUAUGGUGGACCUCUGCCCCUAUCCCACACCACAGUCAUUGCCGGUCUCGGGACCUACGUCGAGAAACCCGUCUUUCAGCGAGGCGCCUUUUCCUGGGCCAAAGAAGCUAUCGACGGGUCUGCUCCGAGACACCUGCGGACUCUACGAACCAACUUGGUUCAGGAGGUCUCCAGCUGCGUACUUGGAUGGCGCUAGCACUAUUGGAAAACCUUUCGGCUUCAACUUCGCAUACAGCAGGAAUCAUUCGACCUCACGCCGAAGGUGGAACUGA